UUUCUAGCAGAGGAGUUCAGUGCAUUGUGGUCAUUGCAGUCUGGUGAUACACCAAAUAUAACACAUGUCCUCUGACUUUCUAGACAUAAAUCAUGUCAUGUAACAACGGAAGAUGUCUCUGAAGAGCAGCAGCUAUUUUCAAGGGUUUGCGACUCAUCGUAUCCACUAUCGAGAGCCAGGAGAUUUCCGUAGAUGUGAAAUAUUUCACCGGCAUGUCUUCACCUCGAUUAGCCCUCACUGCGAAGCAUCAGGCAAACUCGAUCACGAUUUAGUCCUAGCUGCUGGAACUGUUAGUCAUGUGACACACAAUGAUGGAGAACGUGCCAUAACAAAAGAUUUUGAUGACUUUUACACGUUCAAACCUCGAGCGAAAUAUGGCCAAAUUUUGGGCUCUGGUGGUGAGACCUAUGUAGACACUUUUCUCACCCCCGAUAUGACUGAGUUUCGGCUAACAUCAGGAGUGGAGCAACAUUACAAGUUUGUGGGCCCAGAUGAAUCCCUUCUCCCGAAUGGCCACUACUCGUGGUGGGGAAUCAAUACUGUAAAAUGGGUUGAGAAUGUAAAAGAUACGGAAAGUAUUAAGGCAGUAGUUUCUCCUGCAUCAGUCUUUGGCAAUGUUGCCUUUUCUUGUACCUUGGAAAAUUUACUUAUCUUUUAUCAAGCUUCUCGUCAACUGCAAAUGGAGGAAAAGAAACCAGACCUUUACUUUCUAGUUGGAGGUACACUGCGUUACCCUCAGGAAGUGUGCUGUUUAAUUAUUGUGUGUACGGAGAGUGACAGGCAUUCAGAAGCUUUGAAAGACUACCAGCCAUUGAAAUUUCCUAUCCUCGACAAUGGUAUAGACCCGGCAUUCUUUCCAAACGGCCUCGUUGAUGAAAACGGCAAGAUUGUGGAUCUUUCUUGUGCAAGCAAGGCGGAGUUUCGACCACGAUAUAUGUCAGAAUAUCCUACUUGGUCACUUCUUACAUUUGCUCUGUACUACAACAAUGCCGAAGAUAAGUUGAAAUGCAGCAGAGACAGAAUGCUUAAGGAACAUAUUUCGGGUCAUGCAGACGACUUGUGUAUAAGAAAGAUGAAGAUAACAACGGAGUCUGGCAAUAAAUGGAUGUGCCCAAAUAACUUUUAGCCUAUAUACUCUUCUCCUUUGUAGAUAUAAUAGAUUUUGUUGCCCAGUGAGUGGGUAGAUCAAGUGCUCUGUAUAUGGCAUGUUGCAUUUAUACUACCAUAUAUAGCAACCAUAAAAUUAUAUUGCACUGGGAUUA